AUGGCUGCCAAUCAAAACGUGACCAAGAAGAAGAAGGCCGUCAUCGGCGGAAUCUUCAAGGCUGAGCUUAACAACUUCUUGAUGAAGGAGCUCGCUGAGGACGGAUACUCCGGCGUUGAGGUCCGCAGCACUCCAGCUAGAGCUGAGGUCAUCAUCAUGGCCACCCGCACCCAAAACGUUUUGGGAGAGCGUGGACGCAGAAUUAAGGAGCUCACCUCGGUUGUUCAAAAGAGAUUCGCCUUCGAGGAGGGAUCUGUUGAGCUCUACGCCGAGAAGGUCUCCAACAGAGGACUCUGCGCUGUCGCUCAGUGCGAGUCUCUCAGAUACAAGCUCGUUGGAGGACUUGCCGUCCGUCGUGCUUGCUACGGAGUUCUCCGCUUCAUCAUGGAGUCUGGAGCUCAAGGAGUUGAGGUUAUUGUCUCCGGAAAGCUUCGCGGACAGCGUGCCAAGGCCAUGAAGUUCGUCGACGGACUCAUGAUCCACUCUGGACACCCAGUCAACGACUACAUCCAACAAGCCGUCAGACACGUCCAACUUCGUCAAGGAGUCAUCGGAAUCAAGGUCAAGAUCAUGCUUCCAUACGACCCACGUGGACAGAACGGACCAAGAAUCGCCCUUCCAGACCAUGUCCAAAUUGUUGAACCACAAGAGGAGGUUAUUCCAAAGGAACCACACAGCCAGCACAAGGAGGAGAAGAAGGACGUUCAGGUCCCACCAGCCCAACCAGUUGCUCCAGUUCAAUAA